AGCCUGCUCAAAGAUCACGUUGACACUAUUUGCUUCUAAUAUACAGAUUCUGAUAUUUUGGGGGGAAAUACGUAAUUUUUGCACUUUUUCCCGGUUUUACGCAUGGAUUUCUAAAAGCCGAGGUCAAACAUGGCACGACCCUGACCUGCAGCUGCCUGCCAUUUUAAUAUAUGGUGUCGCAACAUUUAGGCACCACUUUUAAUCAUGGCUCCUAUAUUUUUGUGGUAAGCGAGCAGUCUUGGUUCUCCAGAACAAGCAAGGUUAUGGCGGCCAGCGUCGCUCCUUCACCACCGAGGACGAAGCCUGGAAAUCGUUUCUGGAGAACCCGCUGACAGCCGCCACCAAGGCCAUGAUGAGCAUCAACGGCGACGAGGACAGCGCUGCAGCUCUUGGCUUUCUCUACGACUACUACGAGGUGCCCAGGGAAAAGAGAACAAUACAGCCCAAGACAGAGUCUCUGGUCUCUGAUGUGGAUCCAAACAAAAGGCACCAAAUCCAGGCCAGACAUUCAAUAGUUCCCCUCCAGGAAGCCGGCAUGGAGAACCGAAUCCAAGUCCUCAAAGCGCCCGUCAAUAUUCUUCAACUGACCCAGGACAAGAGGGGGCACUUCCCUUCCCCAGACACGACUGUCACAGUUUCCAUCGCCACCGUGCCAACCUACCCGCCCGUCAAGACAGAGGUGCCGGCCCACGGUUUCUCUGUGACCGUGCCAAACAACUGCAACGAAACCGACAGCCACGUGAGCGUCUUCGACCGCCAUCUCACCCCAAACACAGUCCAGUGCAGCCCCAGCACCCAGGCCCGCACGCCCCCCGACUCCACCUUCUCCGAGAGUUUCAAGGACGGUUCCCAGGAGAUGUUUACCUUCCCGGGAGAUCUCCAGUUACGAAUGGCCUCCUUGACGCCCGAGGACUACACUCAUUUUGACACCGCGCAGGGGAGCAAUUUUGAGUACUCCCUUGAGGCUUCAAAGUCCCUGCGUCAGAAAACUGGCGACGGGACGAUGACGUACCUCAACAAGGGACAGUUUUAUCCGAUCACACUCAGGGAAGUGGACAACAAGGGCAUGCAACAACCCAUCACCAAAGUCAGGAGUGUAGUGAUGGUGGUGUUUGGAGAAGAAAAGUGCCGGGAUGACCAGCUGAAACACUGGAAGUACUGGCACUCCAGACAGCACACGGCUAAACAGAGGUGUCUGGACAUCGCUGACUACAAGGAGAGUUUUAACACCAUCGGCAACAUUGAGGAGAUUUCUUACAAUGCCAUUUCCUUUACCUGGGACACAAAUGAAGAGGCCAAAAUCUUCAUCUCCGUCAACUGUCUGAGCACAGACUUCUCCUCUCAGAAGGGGGUGAAGGGGCUCCCUCUGAACCUGCAGAUCGACACCUACAGCUACAACAACCGCAGCAACAAACCCAUCCACCGCGCCUACUGCCAGAUCAAAGUGUUCUGCGACAAGGGAGCGGAGAGGAAGAUCCGGGAUGAGGAGAGGAAACAGUCCCGCCGGAAAGGGAAGGGGCCCGAGCUGGCCGCCAGUCUGGCGUUUUCAGAUGUAAAGGUGCCCCUCCUCCAGAAGAGAAACGAUGUGACCAUCUUCAAGACGAUGGCCGACCAUGAGACCCAGCCGGUCCUGUUCAUCCCCGACCUUCACUUCUCUAACUUCCAGCGCCACCCGUUUGCAGCAGAAGAGGGAGAAGACAGCUCAGGGAUGAGGAGAUUACCCUUCAGCGAUGAUGAGUUCGGUUCGCCCCCGAACAAGUUGGCGAGAGUGAACGAGCCCAAGAAAGUGCUGCUGUACGUGCGCAAAGAAUCGGAGGAGGUGUUUGAUGCCCUCAUGCUGAAGAAUCCCACGCUGCAGGGCCUAAUGGAAGCUAUUUCAGAGAAGUACGAGCUGCCUCUGGAUAAAGUUGAAAAAGUCUACAAGAAGUGCAAGAAAGGGAUUCUAGUCCACAUGGACGACAACAUCAUCAAACACUACUCCAAUGAAGACACCUUUCAGAUCAGCAUGGAGGAACAUGGUGGCGUGUACAAACUAACCCUCACUGAGAUCUGAAUGGAGGAGACACACAGUGAUGGAGAAUCAUUGGCGCUGUCAGGUUUACACUUCUGGAUUUACGGCGGACUUGAUCUGAAAGUUAAAUAACGUGGUCUUUGUGCUGUUUAGUGUCAAGAAAGAAAGUCCAAAAAUUGGUAAAUGAAAGCCGGAGCUUUUAAAAAUAAGCUCCAAGCUGGAUUGUGGUGUAAAUUAUACAUGUGAUUACAUGUAAAUCUUUUUUUUUUUGUGCAUAGGAGUUAACAAGUGAGGAAGUAUUUGAAUAUUAGGAUACUUUGUGUUUCGUAAAAACCUGAUCUGUAACUCUGAUAUGAAAUUCCUACUUUUAUAAAUAUUGUUCAGGGUUGCAGAGAAGUUGUGGAGCUGCUAUACCUCAAAGCUAUGCAAGCAGCAGAGUGUCUUUAUUCAUAGGCUGGACUUUUCUUGUGGAAAAACGGAUUUUCUUUUUCUCCAGAAAGCCACAGCACUGAUGACCGCAGUCUGCAAAGUUGAAUAUUUCGCACUCAUAAAGAUGGCAGUGAAUUGCUGAUGGAGCCUCGGUGGUUCUGUGUGUUAAUACUAAACACUAUGGCAGUAUUUGGGAUGUCACCAUAUGAUUAUAAUAGAAAACUGUAAAUGUUUUUUAGUCUAGGAUGCAAGUUUUACUUAAAAAUGCUGUUUUCCCUUAAAUCAAUAUAAAUAAGAUGCUCUUCUUAAGUAUUACAUUGUUAUUUUUUCUGAAUGCUGAUUUAAAAAAAAAAAAGGUCAGUUUAAUAUCUAGAGCAGUUUGUGCAGGCUGUCCCUGCAGUGCAAUAAUGAUCAAGCUCAGGCACGUUCAGAAAAUAAUUCUCCUCUAUUGACAUAAGAUACACUCUGAUCUUUUUUUAAUGGAAAUAUUGUUGUAAAUAUUGACUGGAAAAAGGAUCUGUAUGAACCCUUUUUUUAUAUCUCGGUACUUAUUGUGUAAAUAUUUAAUAAUAUGGAGGUGGGUCUCUGCAUAAAUAAUUAACUUUCUGUUAUUUCUAAUAUAUCAUGUACUUUUAUAUGAAGUUAUUCUAACAUUACAUGGCAAGGAUUUGAUGCACAAAGUGCCCAAUAAAAGCUCUCGUUGG